AUGAGCUUAGUACCAGAUGGUGUCGAUUCGCAACAACUUCAUUUAUUAAGUUUGGACUUUAUAGAAGCAAAGAUUGCUAAUUGUGUUUCACAUACACUUAUUGUCAGACAGUAUCAAUUUAAUUUAUUAAGUAGAAUAGUAUCUGAAUACAAGAUAGCAGAAGGAGUUGCUGUGGAUAUUUCGAUGGAUUUCAUGGAGUUACCAAAGAGCGUUAAUGGUUAUGAUUAUGUUUUGGUAGUGGUGGAUCCAUUUUCGAAAUAUACAACUAUCAUUCCAACUACAAAGGAAAUCACAGCAUUGGGUACAGCAAAGUUAAUUCAUCAACAUGUUUGGAUUGCCGCUAUCAAUUGUAAGCGAUCGUAUUAUUUAAUUCACGAUCAAUUCUACUUAUAUUUCAACAAUCAAACUAUCACCUUUCGAAGUAGGAUGGGAUUCAUUCCUGUAUCGCCAAUUAAAAUGUUUAGAAACAAUAAUUUAUCGAAUAGAGAAUUGAUCAGAGAGAUGGUCAAAGACAAUAUGUUGGAAGCAGAUGGAAUCAUCAAGAAUAAACCAACUUGUCAGAUUGGAGAUUGGAUGUUUGUUAAAGAUGAGUUUAUCAAUUUGGAAGUUGGUUGGAACACAAACACAGGAUCAAUUAAUAAUAAGAAUCAUGGACCAUUCAAGAUUUUAAAGAUUUUUAAAAAUGAUAUCCACGUAGAACUAGAAUUGGAUUUCACCACAAAUCGACACAAAUUUUCAAUAUUAAUCAAUGGGGUACAGUUCAAGUUAAACAAAGAUAACGAAUUAUUAGUUAAAGGUGUAGAACCAGAUAUCAUUGACAAUGAAGAAGAGUUUGAAAUAGAACAAAUCAUAGGAGAUCGAAUGUACAGAAGGAAGAAGCAGUAUCUUGGUUAUCCUUUAGACAAAGCUACAUGGCAAUACUCAAAGAACAUGGAUCAUGCUAAAGAUCUUAUUAAAGAAUAUGAAACAACAAGAAACAACAAAUCCAAUCAAAGAAGAAGAAGAAGUAAAUCCUUAAGUAGAGCAGAGUGUUAA